CGCCCGGGCCCCCGCGCGCGCCCCCCGAGGCCGCCGGCUACUCCCACCAGCUGCUCCUGCAGUGAGCGCCGCUACCCGCCAUUGUCCCCAGCGCGCCGCCGGGCCGCGGGGGGCGCACAUGGCCGGGCGCCGCUGAUGCCGCCGCCGCGCCGCCCGCCCAGGCUGCGUCCCGGGAAGCCCGGCGCCCCGCGCGCCCCGGACGUGAGCGCGUCCCCAUGGAGGCGCCCGGGCCGGCCGCGGCGGGCCCCGAGCCCCCGGAGACCCGCGCAGAGGCCCCCGACGGCGCGCCCCAGCCGCCCGCCUACCGCCUGCAGGACUUCGACACGCUGGCCACCGUGGGCACAGGGACUUUCGGGCGGGUGCAGCUGGUCAAGGAGAAGACAGCCAAGCAUUUCUUCGCCCUCAAGGUGAUGAGCAUCCCAGACGUCAUCCGCCUGAAGCAGGAGCAGCACGUGCACAAUGAGAAGUCGGUGCUGAAGGAAGUCAGCCACCCGUUCCUGGUCAAGCUGUUUCCUCCGUUUUUUGAUGACAACCCCUUUGGCAUUUAUCAGAAAAUUCUUGCAGGCAAAAUAGAUUUCCCCAGACAUUUGGACUUCAACGUCAAAGACCUCAUCAAGAAACUGCUUGUUGUUGACAGAACCCGUCGCCUUGGAAACAUGAAGAACGGAGCAGAUGACGUGAAACGACAUCGGUGGUUCCGAAGUGUGGACUGGGAAGCGGUUCCACAACGGAAACUGAAGGCGGGACCCCACAGCCCCCCAUCGUGCCCAAAGUAUGCAGCGAGGGAGAUACGUCCAACUUCGAAACUUAUCCCGAGAAUGACUGGAACACAGCCCCUCCGGUGUCACCGAAAGAUUUGGAAGUCUUCAAGAAUUUCUGAGGAUGGGAAUCUUUAUCCAGAAGAACCAGAAUGAUUCACACUUGCCCUGGACAAAGAGCUGACAACACACAAACCCAAAGAAACAUCUUGAUGUAACAGGGACGUUUCCACAUUCAUAUACGUCUGGAUGGACAUAAAUCACAUGAGAAACCGUGGAAAUCCGUGGACCUGGCGUUAUUUUAAGCAACUGGAAAUCUGCAGCACAGUAGGAAGUUCUGAAAACUUGUUUGGUUCUAGAGGUUUAUCUUUUAGCAUUUUAUCUUUUAACAUUGUGUUCCCACUGUGAUAACUUGGUUUUUCUCAUAGACAUAACUUCAUAAGUUUGAACUGGAUGCUUUCAGUUACAACCACAAAUUUAUGUGUGUGUGUGUGUGGGUGGGUGGGUGUGUGUAUAAAAGAAAAUAUGACUGUUGCACAGAAAUUGUGCAAUGAUGUAAAUGUCCAUAGUUUGCAGAGCCUAUGAUUUUUACUUUUCACGUUUUUUCCCCCUAAGAAUCUGUUCUCUUAGGACAAAACCUGAAAAAGGUAAUGUGUGCAUUUUUUAUCAUAUGUGCAUUUUAUACUUAGCGGUGAAGAAACUACUGUGGGGGGGGUCUACACCCGCUAUCUUUUUUAGAGCGUCGUAUCUGCUAGCUUUACAUCUUGAAACUGGAAGGAAACAGAAGAAGGUCAUUGAAUCUUAAGUCUAAUGGCCAGUGACCAUUCAAGGUGUCCAAGGAGUGUAACACAGCCAGGAAAUUUUCUGUGUCACGUUCAGAAGUGUCGCCCUCCCCUCCCGAGGGUGACGGCGACCUUCAUGAAAAUGCCCAUUUGCGUCUCUUGAACACAACGCACCUUCCACGGCUGAUGAAUCCUGCCUCUUGGUUCCGUUACACAGAUGAUCUCUAUGCAAAGGUUUUCCUAUAACUCUGCUGGGAAAAGUAAGAAACAGAUGCCUUGUAGGAUGCAAGCAUCCAACCCCGUAAAAACUGACCUCGUGCAUUUCUGCUUAGUGUCUGUCCUCCUCGUAAAUGUCGUAUUUGAGUCACCCCCCCAACGCGCUCUCAUCUCACGGAUGCGGCGGGCUUGAGCAGAAUUCCCGGUGCAUGAGAGCCUUUCUUCCUCUUUGGACCUGAUUGUGAUACUGUGAAAAGCAUCCUGACGAUCCUGCGUCCUUAGGGUUGACUUAAUGAAAGCCAGAUGUUGCAUGGACCACGAGGAGCGUGUUCCCGUGUAGGCGUCUCCCCAGAAACAGGGCAUGGUGUCCUUGGGGUGCUGUGCUGGUCAUCACUCAUGUCCCUGUCUCCUGUGAUUGUAAACUCUGCCAUAAAAACCUAAAGGGGGUCUCUGCCCAUUCCUGGUUGGGGUGAGUCAGCUGGAACAACAGAGUUGCUCAAAUCUCUUGUGCAUCUGGUCUUGGGGGGCCCAGCGAUGACCUUCCCCAUGGAGGUCUGUGCUUUUAAGAAGCAUAGACCACGGCCUUCUGUGACCGCCCAGGGACACGGGCAUGGACCUACACACGGGAAGGACCCCCUCUUCACAUUCCCUUUUCCUUCCACGCAGCCUCCCCGGGCAGCUGGGAUGGAGGGCAGAGUGUACGCUGGGGAGCACGCUGGUGGAGGGGGGUGGACGCAGAGGCAGGGCUGGGCACCCUCCCAGGUGGCGUGAGUUCUCUGUCAAUGCUGCUCUCCUGUGGUGUCUGGGAAGGCCUGGCAUCCCUGGGCACCUGCUUCUUCUCCUGUAGGCACGUCUAGGGAUGUGAACUGGCUGUUGGGAAAGUCAUACAUUCUUUUUCAAGUAAGAAAUGUCAGAGGCAGUACAGUCACCUAUCCCAUUUGGCCACAGGGCACGUACAAAUCAGAAGGCAAAGAAAGGUUUGUGUUUUGGCAGGUGAAAUGAAGAGAGCAUGCAUGUAUGAACCGUUUGCUCACUGAAUGGUACAAGGUUCGGUCGGCAGAGUGACUGUGGGCACUGGAAUAGACCCCCAAGGAAAAGCUCCCGCAUCCAUGCCCUCUGUAGAAACAAGUAACGAUGAUUGAUUAUGAUUCUGGAAACCUCUGCUUAAAAACGUAAAAAUCCACGAAGAACCGCUCUCAAACACGGUGAAACAUCAUACACACACAUAGUGACCCGGGUGCAUAUUUUCAGGCUAAGCUCUUACCGCCCAGGAUUUCAAAGGGGAGAUGAAAAUAGCAGCAGAAAAAAAGUCUGAAAUGCAUUGCCUUAAUUUCAAACAAAGCUGCAGGACAAACAAAGAUUUGAAGGCAUGGAUGACACCGUUCUUUGAAACAUCGUCAUCGGCCAUCUGCCGUGCAAAACAGAUGACACAUUAAAAGCAGUUCCCAGAGUAGCAGGUGACAUUAAACACAGUCACGCCCAUCGUCAUACCCAAAGUGGAACGGGGUGCUUGCCAGCGCCUGUGUUUGGCUUGUGAAUUAAACGGUAUGACAUCAUAAUGCAAAGACCAGUUUCAUCCACGGGAGUCCUGCACCCAGGGGACACUCACCAUACCACUGAAAAAUACUUUACUCAGCAGAGGCGUUGGGAAAUUUUCGUGUAUCUGAUAUGAUAUAAUCAGUGUGCAAAGUUUUGAGGAAAAGUCAUUGAAAACACACAAUGUGGACCCCCCCCCAAAUUACAGGUUUAUCUUGGUUUACACAAUUUUAUGUGUUGGCAGUAUUUUCUUACACAAGGAUACUAUUUUUGAAAACUCUUUGGGGUACUCAUAGAUGGCAGGAAAGGACUUGGGGCAUGUCUUUUCCAAAGCACGGUGUAACUGUCCUGCUUUGACAUGUACCUGUAAAGGUAAGAAGGGGGUAAAGUCACACCUGGGGAUACUCUGUGCCACCCAUUUGCACGGAUGACUUCCACUUCUUUUAGAACUUUGGAAUCCUGCUCCGCAUAAAGACAAUAGGGCCAAUCAUGCUUUCUGCAGUCAGCUGACAGAAUAUGUAAAACCAUAUCCUUAGCAAAAAUAUGGGUGCCUGCUUCCUGCCAUCCUGAUACUUUAACACACCACUGUUCAUCCACACCCCGUCCCCUGCUCGUAAGUGUCUAUGUACAUUUGCAUCUGGAUUUUUUUUUCCAAUCAUUGGAUUUUGGGUGACAAAAAUCCCACCAUCACAGAAGCCCACUAUGCCUCCCGACGUAGGGUUUGCAUUGUGAUGUUUGAGUUGUACACACCUUGGGUCUGUCCUGCGUCCUGUGCCCCCUGUCACUGUUUCUGAUGGUGAUGAGGACUUCCGAUGUGUUCACCUUGAGUGGUCGAUGUUUACUUACCAAAAUUGAACAGAAAAGCACAUGAGUAGGUGUGUUCAUAGAUUCGGAUAGUUUGAUGUGUGUGUGUCUAUGUGUGUGUGUGUGUGUAGGUUGAUGGAGGGUGACUUUGGGGGUGUUCUCACCAAGCCUAAUGUUUUCCCGUCGCGCCUGCUUUACAUCCCUGUGGGCUUGCCUCCGAAGGAACAGUCAAUGAUGAAAGGGAAAUGCUCUGUGGUGGUUUCCUGUGCAUUACUGUGUCGUGAGAUGUUGUGUCAUGCUUUUUCCUCACUCUUCCACAGUGGAGAUCUCUGUUAUUUAAGCAAAAGUCAUUACAGGUGUGUUUUAGCAGGUGGGAUUGCAAGCCUGUCGACACAUAGGCAUUUUGACUCUGCAGAAAGGGCAUCGCUUUGUUCUUUCUCACGCUGGGUCCCAGGCAGCCCGGCUGGUGGCCCUCUGACCGCUUGGGGGUCGUGCAGACCCAGUGUCCUUGCGGGCGUGGGGCGCCCUGGCCAGCCGGCACUGGGAUCCCAGCCGGCAUCCCAGCUUCUCAUGUGGGGGGAUAAAAAGCCUGUUUCUAAUCCUCUCAGUCCCUUGCACAAUGAAAAUCACUGUGAUCCAUGUAUAUACCUUAGGAAAAUUUUACUGCUGUCUAAUUUAUGUAAUAAUACUAUUGAUUCCAAGUUUGUUUAAUAAAACUUUGUAUCUUUUAAGAA